UUUUUUCAAUGCUGUGUUGCUUCCGUUGCGUUGGCUCAUUCACAAGAACAAAAAACCAGGCCCAAAGAAACAUCUCCUCGACAUCAUCCAUUAUCUGGUGUGAGGUUGCUGUGCCAGGUUCAUUUUGCUUGGGCCUUUGGGUUAUCUGGCAAGAUAAACUCUCGCCAAACAAACAAACCAACAGUGUAACGACUUGCUUGUUGCAAAAGUCAUUUUAGUAUCCACUCCAUGCAGAUACCCCUUCAAUUCUACAGCUCGUAUUGGUUUGUCUAGCAAAAUAACAAACGAGCCUACUCAUUAGGUUUGUCAGCAUUGACCCCAAAGCCUGUCAUCGAGAGAACAACAAUAGUCGUUGGUUGCAACUGAUCAAGAUAUUGUUGCUGCUAGUAGUCCAAGGCAAAGUCUACGAUCAGAUUCGAUUCAUCUCACCACAACCAAGAACCAAGCAUCCACCAAUUGCAACCAAACAGCCACCACAAUGGAGGUCAAUAACAACAACGACAAUACUCUACUAGUAGUAGUCGGAGAAAGUGCCGGAGAAGCACCGCAACCACAAUUAGCCAUGAACGGACAACACGACGACAACGACGGUGUGGAAAUGCUGCAGAUGGAAUGUGAUGUUUCGGAAGCGUGCGACGUGUCGGUCUUGUCGGAUGAACAACUCCCCAUUAUGAUUCGUACUUCUUCUUCUACUAUGGAGGAUUCGGCAGUGAAUAAGCAGAGACGACGUUUCUUUGGUGGUCGUCGACGCCGUCGUGCACGAGUCGCCGCUGUCUCGUGGUGGACGGAACUCAAGAAUGUGGAAACCCACGGAUGCUCCUUUGUCUUGGCGUACAUUGCCAUGAGCUUUAUCCUCAUGACACUCAUGUUCAAUAUGAGAGAGAUUGUGGGAGAUUACUGUCUGGGAAACAAGGAACUCAAAGAAAUGGAGCACCGCGCCAAUGUCAAAGAGGCGAUGCAAAUUCGAAGACGAUCGCCCUUUUCCGUCGAUCAGGAAGACAGAUUCGAAGAAGAACUCAAUGCUCAGUUAUACUACGACAAGGAGGGACAAUUGGGAAAUGAUGAAGCCUAUCUCAGGCGACAUCGGGUACCCAUUAUCUUCUCGGAACACAACGGUGAAGAGGACAAUGGGGGAGAAGAUGCAUCAUCAUCAUCGGUAGACCCAUAGAGGAUUGGAUGGAUGCGUUUGCACACACUGUUCAGACAUGAACGAGAGUUGGACUCUACUCCACUUCGCUCCAUACUAUGUUUCUUUGGUCUAUUGGGAAGAUGAAUGAAAACAACAAAGAGCCGCAGAGCUCUACCGUACAUCACUACAUGGCAACAACAAACGGUACUCGUCCCAUCUUGCUUCCGUCUCUCUAGGCUCCACUCCAAUGUUGCGCUGUGUUUUUGCGCCCGGGCUGGUUCACAGGGCCAAGCCUUGAUCUGGACAUCAAAAUGUUAGGUAUGUAACUUUUUAGAUUAAACUGUUCUAUAGUAAUGAAUCGAAUCGCUACCAGCAACACAAUGAUUUUCGGGCAACGCACACGUACAUGACCUGGCUAGCUGGAAGGACCGCUUUGCUUGCGAGAUGCAAUAGGUAGUGGUUGAGUAAAAGUAGACAAUUUGAAGUCGAUUAAUGUUAGAAACUUCCUCUCUUGUUGGUCCCUGCAAGGGAUUGGGCGUUGAUGGUGAGAGGCCCACUUUAUUUUUAUCUUUCCACACCGAAACCAC